GAAAUUCGGACGAAAGCUGGGAGCGAACGUGAUAUUGAGAAUCAGAAUCCAGAUGCGGGAUAAAGAAUAACUACUGCAAGAACGAGCAUAAGUAGAUAAAGAGAUACCUGAGCUGGAUGUGUGUGAUUUCGAAACGACAACAAUGUGGAUAAUUUUGAUGUUGGAGUGAUAUUGUGCAAGGAGGCACCAUCGGGAUGUUCGCCCGUUGCCUGUGUUUUCGUGUGUGGUGAAGUGCCGAGUUUAAUGAAUGUGUAGAUAGAUUGCACAGCACAUGUGUCUGUGUUUGUGUCAGUGAGGGCUGGUGAAAAAUAUGAAAUACUGACGUCCUGGGGACAACGUAGGCAGGCCAAACAAAAAACUAAGAGACUAAAGUGAAAGGCGAUAAGGUUACAGAUGUCCUGAGCACACAAGGUACGGCAGGCUCGCAAGGAAACGCUGGGACACUCAGGGAGGGUACAGGACGGGAGUGUAACUAGAUCCGGAUACAUGCUCGCCUCCAAGAAGGCCCGCUCCUUUGGUCGCCCUGCAGCGCACAACCACCAGCCACCAGCAGCAGCCACGAAAGGACGACAACGUAUCCCAUUUACCACGUCAACAAAGCGAGUGUGCAGCUAAUGCUAAUGCCUGCAGCUAGCUCACCAGAGCAGAAGCAGCAACAGAAACAACAACACCUACUGCCACAAGGGCCAGGGCAGGUGCAAGAGACGCACAGGAAACGCAGGACAAAGGCAGCCUGUGCGUGGCACACAGGGCAACGUAAAAACUGACAACGAAACCCAAGCAGCGAGCAUGUCGUCGUCGUCGGUGAUUAAUAAAGCCGGAAAUGUGAUUAUACUCAUAGUGAACCUACAACUAACAUGGCUAGUGUUGGCGGCCGUGGCCAGGGAGCUGCCACAGGUGGACUACGGCAGCAUGUCCGACUCCAUGGAGGAAGCUGUGAUCGACCCACUGACUGCCUUGGCGCCCUUCGCCAAUGCACUGGUCACUGAGGACAGCGCCCCACAAAGAACCAAUAUUGAGUUACUUAGCAACAGCAGCGAGGACGAGAAUGGCAGGUUGGGACUGGGACUGGGACUGGGCUCCUCCUCAUCGGCAGCGGCUGCAGGCACGCUCCUGGAGGAGUUCAACGGUGGCAAGCUCAGUCCUGCGGAAGCCAGCAACACGCUGCCCAUUUUCCUCAGUGAGCCGGAGAGCGUGUUUGUGGUGAAGAACCGCCCAGCUGUCCUCAAGUGCAAGGCCUCCCACUCGCUGCAGGUGAUCUUUAAGUGCAGCGGCAGCUCCCAGCCGCCGCCGUCGACGCACGACAAGCACGUGGAUCCACACACGGGCGUCCACAUGGAAGAGGUAACGGCCACCAUUCACCGCGAUCUCGUGGACGAGUACUUUGGCAAGGGUCCGUUCAAGUGCGAGUGCCACGCUUGGUCGUCCCGUGGCGUGGUCAAAAGUCAAGCUGCCACAGUGCAUAUUGCAUAUAUUCGCAAGACCUUCGGUCAGUCGCCCACCUCGCUGCGGCUCGAGCUGGGUAGCCGGGCGGAACUGCACUGCGAGCCACCCGGCGGCUUUCCCGAGCCAAAGCUCUCCUGGUACAAGAGCAACGCAGUAAUAACCUCCGACAGCGAGCCGGGCCUGUCCGUCUCUGGCGGCACACUGACCUUCCGCCCGGUGGCGCUGCAACACAUGGCCAAUUACAGUUGCAGUGCAGAGAAUAUUGCCGGGAAACGAGUCUCCGACUCUGCUGUGUUGAUUGUCUAUGUGAAUGGAGGCUGGAGCACCUGGAGCCCUUGGCGCGAGUGCAAGUGCGCGGGCAAGCCGAGCCAGGGACGAAAGCGGUCGCGCACAUGCACCAAUCCAAUGCCCUUAAAUGGGGGCGCCCAGUGUCCAGGCCCACAGAUACAGAAAUCUGCGGACUGCGCCGCUUGUCCAGAGGAUACUCAAAUCGUGAGCACUGAUGGAUUUGACAUUUCGUCGAGUAAGCGCAUGGCACGCUGGUCCGCGUGGAGCGACUGGAGCAUCUGCUCCGCGGAGUGUAUACAAGUGCGUCGCAGAAAGUGCCUGACACAGACACAGACGUCUGACGCGGACGAAGCCGGAGAUCUGCUGCUGACUGGUGUGGGCAUGGCAGCCCUCAGCAGCAUCAGCGGAAGCGCAGCUCUGCUGGACGCUACUGCGACUGAUGGUGGCUCAGGAUAUGGCAAAUCAUUGUGCGCCGGAAAAGACACACAAACGGCCGAGUGCCGUGGAGAGCAGUGUCAUAUUGGCAAGGAUGAUUUCGAUUGGACACUUUAUCUGGGACUGGCCUUCAUAACCGCCGUUUGCUUUGCCUUUGGCGCUGCUCUCAUUUGCUGUGCCCGUCGCGGAAUGCGCGCCAAUCCCCACUACAACAUGGCCCGCUCAGUCAUGGAUGCGGAUUAUAUGCCCGGCGUUGUGGAGAAGAAGGAGAUGCGAAUGCACAUUGAGGCCAGCAAUUUGGGAUAUGAUUAUGUCAAUCCCGGACAUCGCUAUAUGCCUGCCGAGCAUAUUGUGGGCAUGGGCAUGGGCUGUGGCGGCGUAACAGAGCACCACUACGAUGUACCCAACCUGGCGGCCAACUACACCAAUCCCAUUGACGAUCUUGGUGCUGAUUAUUUGUCAGAAACCGGAGAGUCAUCCACCGCCGAUACAUCCAACUCCACCUUUGAUAUGAACGCCAAGCUGUCCAUACUGAAUGCCUCGAAAAGCAGCAGCUACGAACUGUUGGGCACCACCGGAGGACAGCUGCGUCUAUACGGCGGAGAGCUGCUGCUCUUUGUGCCCGAGCACGCGAUUGGAAAGAACCUAAAGAAGCACGUCUCGCUGCAGCUUCUGAGCGACGAGUGCAGCCGCGUGUCCUGCGCCACCGAGAGCUCCAUUUUGUGCAGCAGCGUGGUGCACAGUGCUCCGCGCAACUACAGCUUUGUGAAGCCGGUGAUCCUGAAAAUACCGCACUGCCUGGUGGCUCCGGAGCAGUGGCAUGUGCACAUCUACCAUGCCGACAGCGAGCACGACGAGCUGAAUGUAAGCUGGAGACGAGCCGUGUCAGUGGGCGAAGAGACCAUCAACACACCCAUGUUUGUGCAGCUGGAGGCGACGCAUGUGUACAUCAUGACGGAGCAACUGGGACAUUUCGCCAUCGUUGCCGAGCCCCGCAUUCAGCAGCCUGCCAUUAAGAUGAAGCUGCUAGCCUUCAGCCAGCACACGCCGCCCAGCAGCGUCAACUGCAGUCUGCGGAUCUAUGUGGUCAAGGACUUGCCCAACAGCCGGGACAUCUGUGCCAGUGUGGAGUGCAAGCUGGGCGGCAGCUUUCUGGGCGAGAGUCAGGUCUUUGGGUUCGAGCUGAAUAGCCGCAAUCUGAACAUUCGCGUACGGUGCGCGGAAAUGGAGGCAGCAGCUCCGUAUGAGCAUGCCAUUCCCUACCAUCACAUUCUGAGCAACAACUCCAUCCUGCACUGCGAGUUCAGUCUGCGGCGACAGGACCAGAGUACGCUGUGCGUGGACUUCGGCCAAGGGGGCAAGGAUGACUCGGACUUCUGUACUUUCAACAUUCCAACCCACUCGAUGAGCGGUUCAGCGGAGGAGCUGGCUUCAACCACAAACACCACGAUUUCUAUAGACCGCCAGGGCAACUAUGUUAAUGAGAGUUGCGUCAUGGACUUCGUGCAGCUGCCGCAUGUGACAAAGCGCCUGAUCUGUGCCGCGCUCGAUCCCCCGCGUGCUGACGAGCGCGACUGGCGUCUCCUGGCGAAGAAGCUGAACACGGAUCGAUAUAUUGCCUACUUUGCCACCAAGCCCUCGCCCACCGAGCAGAUACUCAAUCUGUGGGAAUGUCGAGCCAACAGCUGCUCCACCAACAGUUCCACUUCAGUUUCCCACACGAUUAUGGCACUCCUGCUGACGUUAAAGGAGAUGGGACGCCAGGACGUGCUGGACAUUAUAGUGGAAACGAUUGGUCCCCUGUGGAUCUAAUAGAUGUCGUGUCGACUCCAAAACGACAAAACUAAACGAUGCACUCCUCCUUAUCUCAGCAGGUUUCUGGACAGGAUUAACACACAAGAACUGAAGAAUUGAACCGAUAACUAUCUACAAUGUUUGUUAAUAUGAAAUCACUGUGAAUGGGGGAUUCAGGGGCAGCGGACAGGGCAGGACAGCAGCUGUGUUGUUCGUUUACCUUUCUGUUGAAAACAAAACUGUUCAUGAGUUGCCUUUUAUUUAAAAAAUGUACGAACGAAACGAAACGAAGUCAGAAAACAAUGAAUCGAAAUGAAAACAUACUGAAUCAAAGUGUAGCUUUAGUCAUAGUUAUAUAGUAGUUGGUAGUCACUAAGUUACGAUUAUUGUAGUGUACUGUACUCUAAGGUAACUGCUCAACGAACUCUGUUCCCCACGGGUGCCAUGCAUUUUACAUACAUAUAUACAUACAUACUUACAUACAUACAUACACAUAUAUACUAAAAGGUGGAAAUAUAGCGAUAAAUUACUUGUGGCUUAGCAAACUUAUAGUUUUAAACAUAAACAACUCUAGUAUUACAAUGGAAGAAACUAUGUACGAUAGCAACUGUAAGAUAUUUGUAUCUAUGGCAGGAUGUACUACCAAGUGAUGGCCAUUCAGCAGAUAGUCAAGUCUGGCCGUAUCCGUAUUUAUACAGCCUCCAUUUGAAUUUAAAUGUGUGGGGGUUGUAAACUGUAUGCCAAAUCGUUGAUUUUCUCAGCCCUUUUCUAUUAACGUAUAGUCACUGUGGAAGAGCAGAAUUAAGUAAUCAAAACGAUGCCAUAAACACACACAAAAAUACACAAACAUACAUACAUACAAAUACCUACGCAUAUAUAGCGAGUAUGUGUGUACAUAUACCUAGAAAAUAGUGUAAAACAAAACAACAAAACGAGUAGUUUGUUAGACAUGCUCAAGUGAUAACCAUUGUAUUUGUCUUUAGCUAUAAGUCCGAUCCUGUCGUUUAAUCGUUAAUCAAGUAAACAUUAACUGAACAUUUACGUAUGUAUGUAUACUUAGUGGCUCAAAAAGAAAGUUAGAUA